CACAGCGAGGAUGUGGGCUCUACCAGGCUGUACUUUGUGAACGCGUCCCUCCAGAGGCUGACCUACUCCAGCUCGGUGGGGGUGUCUCUGCCCUGUCCGGCGGGCGGCACCCCCACCGCCAUCCUGCGCUGGUACCUGGCCACCGGCGAUGACAUCUACGAUGUGCCCCACAUCCGCCACGUCCAUGCCAAUGGCACCCUCCAGCUGUACCCCUUCUCGCCCUCCGCCUUCAACUCCUACAUCCACGACAACGACUACUUCUGCACCGCAGAGAACCAGGCUGGCAAGAUCCGCAGCCCCAACAUCAGAGUCAAAGCUGGUGAGGAGGGGGGGGGGGGGGGGGGACAGAAGGAACUGAUGCUAAGAGGGGAGUGAUAGAGGUUAGAGCAGGGUUCCCCAACUGGCGGCCCAUGGGCCGAAUUUGUCCCCCGGGUGGUUUUAUUUGGCCCUCCCAGUUUUCUGAGCAAAACAUGUAUAUACACUACCGGUCAAAAGUUUUACAACACCUACUCAUUCAAGGGUUUUUCUUUAUUUUUACUAUUUUCUACAUUGUAGAAUAAUAGUGAAGACUUCAGAACUAUGAAAUAACACAUAUGGAAUCAUGUAGUAACCAAAAAAGUGUUAACAAAUCAAAAUAUAUUUUAUAUUUGAGAUUCUUCAAAGUAGCCACCCUUUGCCUUGAUGACAGCUUUGCACACUCUUGGCAUUCUCUCAACCAGCUUCAUGAGGUAGUCACCUGGAAUGCAUUUCAAUUAACAGGUGUGCCUUCUGAAAAGUUAAUUUGUGGAUUUUCUUUCCUUCUUAAUGUGUUUGAGCCAAUCAGUUGUGUUGUGACAAGGUAUACAGAAGAUAGCCCUAUUUGGUAAAAGACCAAGUCCAUAUUAUGGCAAGAACAGCUCAAAUAAGCAAAGAGAAACGACAGUCCAUCAUUACUUUAAGACAUGAAGAUCAGUCAAGUCACAAAAACCAUCAAGCACUACGAUAAAACUGGCUUUCAUGAGGACCUCCACAGGAAUGGAAGACCCAGAGUUACCUCUGCUGCAGAGGAUAAGUUCAUUAGAGUUACCAGCCUCAGACAUUGGAGCCCAAAUAAAUGCUUCACAGAGUUCAACUAACAGACACAUCUCAACAUCAAUUGUUCAGAGGAGGCUGUGUGAAUCAGGCCUUCAUGGUCGAAUUGCUGCAAAGAAACCACUACUAAAGGACACCAAUAAGAAGAAGAGACUUGCUUGGGCCAAGAAACACAAGCAAUGGACAUUAGACCCAUUGAAAUUUGUCCUUUGGUCUGGAGUCCAAAUUUGCGAUUUUUGGUUCCAACCGCUGUGUGGGUGAACGGAUGAUCUCCGCAUGUGUAUUUCCCACCGUAAAGCAUGGAGGAGGAGGUGUUAUGGUGUGGGGUUGCAUUGCUGGUGACACUGUCCGUGAUUGAUUUAGAAUUCAAGGCACACUUAACCAGCAUGGCUACCACAGCAUUCUGCCGCGAUACGUCAUCCAAUCUGGUUUGGGCUUAGUGGGACUAUCAUUUGUUUUUCAACAGGACAAUGACCCAACACACCUCCAGGCUGUGUAAGAGCUAUUUUACCAAGAAGGAGAGUGAUGGUGUGCUGCAUCAGAUGACCUGGCCUCUACAAUCCCCCGACCUCAACCAAAUUGAGAUGGUUCGGGAUGAGUCGGACCGCAGAGUGAAGGAAAAGCAGCCAACAAGUGCUCAGCAUAUGUGGGAACUCCUUCAAGACUGUUGGAAAAGCAUUCCAGGUGAAGCCUGUUGAGAGAAUGCCAAGAGUGUGCAAAGCUGUCAUCAAGGCAAAGGGUGGCUAUUUGAAGAAUCUCAAAUAUAAAAUAUAUUUUGAUUUGUUUAACACUUUUUUGGUUACUACAUGAUUCCAUAUGUGUUAUUUCAUAGUUUUGAUGUCUUCACUAUUAUUCUACAAUGUAGAAAAUAGUAAAAAUAAAGAAAAACCCUUGAAUGAGUAGGUGUUCUAAAACUUUUGACCGGUAGUGUAUAUAUCAUUUUGUUUUUUUGACAAGGAAAUCAGCUCCAAGUGAUUUUAAAAUAAAAAAUCUGUUCCCAAAUCGAAACACAUCUGAUCGUAUACAAAUGUAAGUAAGGUUUGAAAUGAUUAUGUUUUAGUCAAAUAUUAUAUCUGUUUGGGCUUCUUGCAGUCAAUUUGCAGUCUACAAAUUAUUUGUAGACUGCCCCCCGGCCCCCCCGACCAUCUGUAACACACAGGCAGACACACAGGGAACACAGGCGAGGACACAGCCUCGCCCAAACACAUGGUCACUGGACUCUGUUACACACCACAGACCCUUUAACCCCAUCGCCAUGGUGAAUUAAGGCCACUGACCUGUGUCCCUCCCUAGUUAUACUCCACAACCUUAAAUGAUCCCUUAUCCUUCAUCUGGUUUGAUCUGUAUGGCCCACAAACAUAGUAUGUACUAUACAUGUGUAGCAUGUGACAUCAUAGAAGCACAAAACACUCCCACUAAUAUCUAUGCAGAUGUUACGGCUGCUGCUAGUUGCUAUGCUAUUCCUAAAGCAUCAGCUGACUUGCAUGAUGCUCUCUCCCUCCAUCUUAUUCUCUCUAUUUCUAUACGUGUCCUCUCGCUCUCUUCAUUCCCUCUCCUCCUCCUCUCUCCUUCCUCCUCUCACACCGUCCUCUGGUACCAUGCUAAAUAUAGCCGCAGCAGCACACUUCUUUCAUUAUCUCUCAUUAUGAAACCUAAUUGGUGCACUCCAUUGAUUAGACUUCAUGCCAGUGCUUUAACAAGGUGGACCUCUUAUAAACCAGCACAGGAUAUAGCUGAUGUGGGUGUACAUAUAGAUAUAGAUGGCUCUGGGUCUAUCCAUCCAUUCUAUCCAUUUAAAAUCAUAUACUGGAUAUACCCAGUGGAGGUGAGAUGUUCAGUUGAACCAGUUGGUUAAGUGGUCACCUGGACCAACCCCUUGCAGACACUUUUACAGUUCUCCUGGACUGAAGGUUCUCCACAACCUCUCUUGUCGUUGUUCCGCCUCCCUUCCUCGCUCACUCCCUCUCUCCCUCUCUGUCCAUCAUUCACAUCAGGGCAGACAGUCCCUCCCCCGUCCCUCCUGCUGUCAACAUCUGUUUUCAUAUUCUGCCUCCCAACACCGACCUGCACUAAUACAUACUCCUACUAAUACUAAUACUAGCUAGAGCCAAGCCAGUGAAGGAUUAUGGAGAGACAGGGAGGGCGGUAGGGAAGGGUGGAAGAGAGAGGAGAGAUAGAAGAGAUAGAGGAGAGAGAGAGAUCGAAGAUAUAUAUCUCGCGCGCUAUAUCUCUCUAUCAUCCGCUCGAGACUCUCUCUCGCCAUCUCCUCGCUCUCUCUAUCCCUCUCUCUCUCUAUCGCUCGAGCGAGAGAGAGAUUCCGAGAGCGAGAGAGAGUGACCUGACCUGCAGCCAGUCUGUCGGUCGUCCCCUCUCUCCACUUGCUCCUCGCUGCUGCGGCCUUCAUUCCCUCAUGACCCAUAAGCCCGCCCCUAGGAGACAAGGGAUUAGCAUUUACAAAACCAUAGUAGCCCGUCCCAUAUCCAGGGAGUUAUGUAUGGUCAGGGAGUUAUGGUUAUGGAGAGGUUACAUUCAGGAGGGAUGUGGUUCAGAGGUUCUGGUCUGGGGUUUAGGGUCAGGAUGCCUUGGUGUUAUUGUGGUCUGAUUAGGGUGUUGUGGUCAAGGAGUUGGGGUCAAGGGUUCGUGUAAUGGGGUUACUACAACUUGGUUUAAAGUUAAGAGUGUUUGGAGCAUGAUUAAAUGGGGUCCAAUGUAUCACUCUCACUCACAGAUGCUUAUGCAAUACUGUAGCUACAGUACAGUAAAUAAACAAAGCCUACUUUCUAGAUAUCCAUAAUAUUAUAUAAGUUUGUAAUUUUGGUGAAUGAUCUCUUUACUGCAUUGCUACAGUGGGCGAUUAUUCAAAUGUAGAUGAUACAAUUUCCAUCAGAGCAUGAUUUAAAAAAUCUAUUCACUGUUCCCAUGUUUCAUACAGUAAUUUAGACAUCUAUUUAUAUGUCUUAUGUAUUUAUCUGUUUCUCUAUGUAAAGUGGAUGCAGUAAUGUAGAUUGAUGUGUUGUUAUACUGCAGUAGGAUUCUAAUGUUAAUGUAACGGUGCCUGUUCUCUACACUGCACUGCUGUUACCAGGGAGGGGGCUUCCAAAGCAGUUUCUUAGCAACCUUCAAAUAUGUCCUAGCUUCUCCUGAUUUCACUAAUGAGUUCAUGCUCAUUCAGGAGAGUGUAAAAUAUUGCAUGAACAUGCAUGAACAGUGAACGACCACCAAUACAUCCCGAUGGUUUUAUUAAGCUGGGUUGUUAUCUCUAGCACAGUGCUUUAACAGUAUCACACAUUCUGUAAAAAAUUGUAUAAUGAGUUGUAUACAAAACAAUAGAAUCAUGUAUUAUGUUGAUGUCAUGGUGAAAGCUAGCCAAUCAUUUUUUGUUUAUCCUGCUCAGAAAUUGGGUUGCGUAGUUAAUGAUGAAAACAGAUGUACUGUAGGAUUAGUGUUAUUGAUGUGUUCAAACAAUAGCCAAAAACAGAAUCAGAAUUGUUCCCAAUAUGUUUACUAAUUUAUUGUUGUAGAUUCAGUAUAUUUAUAUUAUUUUGAAAUCCAAAAUAUAACAUCAAAACUGUCUUCUAACUUGUUUCUGUUAAUGAUUCUUACAACAUUGACUGCUGUCCAAAACAUAUCAUACUGUAUAUUCCACUACAGCUCUAGUAUUCACUUGUUCCUAAACCAAAGUAAGAUUGUCACACCAAAUACUCUAAAAUAUAAAAAUAUUUGUUAUUAUUUUUACAAUGUUUCGGGGAGAUCCAGACUGGGGUGGUCUGGAGGGAAAUGACCCCAGAAAAAAAAGAAAGCAGAACAAGCUCUAUUUUGGUGGCCUCUGUGUCACGGUUUCGGCCGAGGCUGCUCCUCCUCCUUGUUCGGGCAGGCUUCGGCGGUCGUCGUUCCCGGAGUACUAGCUGCCACCGUUGUAUGUUUUCGAUGUUUGUUUGGUUUUGUCUUAUUGGUACACCUGUUUCUGUUUUGUGCUUAUUAUGUGUCCUAUAAGUUCUCGUUGUUUGAGUCUUGUGUUGUGUGUAAUUGUUCACCGGUCAGAGGUGCAGUGUUUGUUUCCUCCAUUAGAGAGGAGAGAGUUUCCGCACUUGUUGUGCGCGCUAUUUUGGCGAGUAGAGUUUUACGCGUUGUGUGCGUAAUUUUCAAGUUUUGCCUUCCGGGCUCUUGUUGAGGCCCGUUAGUUUUUUUGUGUAUUUACUAAAGUCUGUUGGAUGAAGCCUCUGUUUCCUGCGCCUGAUUCCUGCACCACAUCCACAUUUCACACUGACACUCUGGUACAUUCGAAUGCCUUGAUUCCAUCCUAAAUACACAGAUAAAUUAUUGAAUACUUGAACAACUUUACCUCCCAGAUUGGUAAAAUUAGUUGUGGUAUGGAGUAGAAAGACAUGACUUUACAAAUAAAAUGGCUGAAAAUGUAUGAAUUCUGUGUGUUGUUAGUUGUUUUGGACAUUGUCAAGGCCUAGGCCUAUAUGAUCAGGACUAUUUUCUAAGUAAGAUAACCUUUUUUAACAUUAAACCUGUCUUCUCUUGAGAUUAAAGUCAUAUUUACAGUUUUGCUUCUUCAAAUUAUGUAUUUUAGUGGCUCUGCUGUCCACACACUUAGGGUACGGAAACCAAUGUGUAAUUUUGUAAUUUGGGUGAACUAUCCCUUUAACAGUUUGGCCUGUCAAUUAAUCAUUGUGGGAGGGAUUGUCAGGGGAGGGGGCAGGAUGUUUGUGAGUCACAGAGUUGGUAGGGUUUCAGACCUGUCAGUCAAUCAUUGUGGGUGGGACGUUGAGGGAAGGCGGUAGAUUAGUAAUCUAGUCAGAAAAGCUAGUCUAGUCUGCUCUUUCAACGUAUUAAGAAAUAAUAUAGAAUUGCAGGGAAUUGGUUUAAAAUGUUCCAAAAAUUAUAUACAAAGUUAGGCAUCCAUGAAUAGAACUAUAGGUAUGACUGUAGAAUGAAGCAGCUGUUAAACAUGGGCUUUGGUACACAGAAACCAGCAGUUACCUACUCCGUAGUCAACACUUUAAUCAAAUCAGUAGACCUAUAUCAAUAUAUUUCAUAAUAUAAGUAUCAUGCCAAUUCAAUUUUUUGAACCUUCAAUCUGUUUUCUUUUAUCAUAUUUUGGACCAGAAUGAGGCUCUCUCUCCACUACCUAUUGUUCCUGCAGUGAGGAUUCAAAAUCUUCAUCUAAUGUUUUCAUAAUUUAUCUGCAGGUAAUUGGCAAAAAGCGUUAGUAGCCUACCAGUAAGCAAAUUAGGGAGCCAAAUGAACAGCUCUCUCACCGAUGCGAUUUGGUUCCGUUCACUUAAAAGAAGGAACAUUUUUUAAAAAGUCUACUUUAUAUUCAUCAUCUACAGCACCACCCCAACAUCAACAUAUGUGAAAAUGGAGCGUUUCUAUGUUUUGUAGUAAAAGGGAUAGAGGAAGAUAAGUGUUUCCUGAUCUUUCUUCUAUUUCAAAGAUAUAGGACAGACACUUCAAAACCUUAUUCCUUAUGAUAAUUUUUUCGACUGUCUUUUUCAGCCAUUUAUGAACGUGUUAUUCAAUGUGUUUCUAUGGGCUAUAGUAGUAAAGGCCAAAUUCAAUAUUUUAUAAAAUAAACUUUACAUAUAUUUUUUUUAUAUACUUAAAGGGGUUCUAAAACUCAAAAUCAAAUAGCUAAAUGAUCCAUGGUAUCGUAAAACGGCUUAGACUUUUAGAGUGAAUUAAUGAAGUGGAAAAAGUAGCCGGCUGACAAUGAGUAUGUUGUCGGCCAGCACUUAUGGAAAACACUGUAAUCUGAAUAAAAGACCUCCCUAACACUUUGUCUCUCUCUGUAUAAUAGUGUUCAGGGAGCCCUACACGGUGCGUGUGGCAGACCAGCGCUCCAUGCGUGGCAACGUGGCCGUGUUCAAGUGCCUCAUUCCCACCGCCGUGCAGGAGUACGUCAGCGUGGUGUCCUGGGAGAGAGACACCGUCUCCAUCAUCCCAGGUAGGACAACACGGGACAGAGAUGGGACGGGAGGGGUCAGGGGACAGGGAGGGGCUGGAACGGGAGGACAGUGG